AUUCUACCAAUUUAUUUUAAAAUAUGUACAUUUCUUUUGCAUAUGUAAUUAAUGUUAAGUAAUAUGUUUAGCUGAAAUGUAAAUGGUCAAAACUUUCUUUACUGAGUCUAUUGCACUAUAAGUUGGGUUUGCAGUAAGAAACUAACACAUUUGUGUCUUCUCAAAGUACUAACUUUGAGUUGUAUGCUGUCCAGAAACUAUAUUAAAUCAUUUCUGUCCCAAAAUAAUGACCUUACAAAGGGAAUUUAACUUUACCUAGUUCUAUCAUGAUUGCAUAUUAAGGAGAGAUUUAGAAGCUGGCGGAAGUUUGUUUUUGUUCAAUCAGCUACCUACUAAACCCAAAACUCAUAUACUGUAUAGCCAAGAAAAAGUAAACUACGUUCUCUUCCUAAUUAUUCUUUUGAAAAAUGACUUCACGUUCAUUGUCUUCUCUUCAUUCUUAAAAAAGGAACUCAUUUUGUGAAAGAGUCCUGAUGGAUAAUGUGUCUCUCGACCUUGCAGGUCUCUGGCCCAAUGAAUGUCUCUGAGCCAAAUUCCAGCUUUGCUUUUGUAAAUGAAUGUAUACUCCAAGGUUUCUCUUGUGAGUGGACAAUUCAGAUCUUCCUCUUCUCACUCUUCACUACAACAUAUGCACUGACCAUAACAGGGAAUGGAGCCAUUGCUUGUGCCCUGUGGUGUGACUGGCGACUUCACACUUCCAUGUACAUUUUCCUGGGACAUUUCUCCUUUUUAGAGAUAUGGUAUGUCUCUUCUACAGUUCCCAAGAUGUCGGUCAACUUCCUUUCAGAGAAAAAAACCAUCUCCUUUGCUGGAUGUUUUCUCCAAUUUUAUUUCUUCUUCUCUUUGGGUACAUCUGCAUGCUUGCUUUUGACUGUGAUGGCCUUUGAUCGGUACCUUGCUAUCUGCCGUCCCUCUCACUAUCCUAAUAUCAUGACUGGGCAUCUGUGUGCCAAAUUGUUCAUACUGUGCUGGGUUUGUGGAUUUCUGUGGUUCCUGAUCCCCAUUGUCCUCAUCUCUCAGAUGCCCUUCUGUCGUCCAAACAUUAUUGACCAUGUUGUGUGUGACCCAGGGCCACUAUUUGCAUUGGCUUGUGUCUCUGCCCCAAGAAUCCAACUGUUUUGCUACACUCUAAGCUCAUUAGUUAUUUUUGGUAACUUCCUCUUUAUUAUUGGAUCCUAUACUCUUCUCCUGAAAGCUGUGUUAGGCAUGCCUUCAAGCACUGGGAGACAUAAGGCCUUCUCUACCUGUGGGUCUCACUUGGCUGCGGUAUCACUGUUCUAUGACUCUCUUAUGGUCAUGUAUGUGAGCCCAGGACUCGGACAUUCUACGGGGAUGCAGAAAAUCGAAACUUUGUUCUAUGCUGUGGUGAGCCCACUCUUCAAUCCCCUUAUCUAUAGCUUCCGCAAUAAGGAGAUAAACACAGCCCUGGAGAAAGUUCUGGGGAGUUCCAACAUAAUCUAA